UCGUUCUAUCCUCUUCGACGCCAUAGCCGCUCGAGUAAAAGCACAACCAGUUCACCGGAGGCCCGAAGGCUACGUCGGAGAAGUUUCCGGCGAAAAUAUGGCUACAUCAGAGUGAGAUGAACUAGGAUUAUUUCUCUCUGUUUAGGAUCUUUGUUGUAGCAUUGUAAAAACAUAGUUUGAAUCUGAGGUUGAAGGGACUUUCUGCAAAAAUGCAGAAUCUUUGUCGUAUCAUUUCACGUCUAUCAUCCACUUCGCUUGGCACGACUGUAAGUACAGGUAGAGUCUUGAAGGGGAAAACGAUAUCGAAGGUUGGGGAUGAUGCAUUGAAAACUGGACUUGAGAUAUAUGGAGUUGUUGGAUUGCGAGCUUUUUCUGGAAAAUCUUGGGGAAGUGGUUUAAACGGUGGAAAUGAAGAUAAUGAUGAAUGGGGAACUGCUUUCGGUGGAAGUGGUUCAUCUGUUGGGAGCACAUCCAAUGAUCUUGGAUGGGACACUGAUUCUUCAUGGUCCACUGGAUUGACUGAGGAACAUUUUGAUGGGCAGGUUGUGGGCCGUCAGACUAGUUCCACCGGUGGUAUAGGAGAUGCAUCCCAAUCUUCUGUGAUUUCCAAUCUGCAAGAAGUUGAUGAUAAGAUAGGAGAGUUGGAGGCUGAGAAUAAAAGGAGCAAGGUUUUCAUUGAUGGACGGGAUGAGAGAAUGCGGGAGACGUGUGUGCUGCUGAAGCAAGUGCGGGAGCCUGGUGCUAGGGGGUCUUAUCUGAAGGACUCUGAAAAGGCUGAGAUGUACCGCCUGCACAAGGAGAAUCCUGAGGUCUACACAGUUGAGAGACUUGCCAAGGAUUACAGGAUUAUGAGACAGAGAGUGCAUGCAAUUCUUUGGCUAAAGGAGAUUGAGGAGGAAGAAGAGAAAAAGUUUGGUCAUCCCCUUGACGACUCCGUUGAAUGCUUGCUUGACACAUGCCCAGAGUUCUUUAUAUCUCAUGAUCGGGAAUUUCAUGUGGCAUCCCUUCCUUAUAAACCCGACUUCAAGGUGAUGCCAGAGGGUUGGGAUGGUACCACCAGAGAUCUAGAUGAAGUUCAUUAUGAGAUUUCUAAGAAAGAGGAUGAAAUGUUGUACAAAGAAUUUGUCGAAAGGAUGAACUUCAAUAAGAAGAAGAUGGCUGGGGAGGUGAAGUGCCACAAGUAUAGCAGGCGGCGUUCUUCUGAUGGAUGGAAAAUCACAGUUGAGAAAUUGGGACCAAAAGGAAAACGAGGAGGUGGUGGUGGGUGGAAGUUUGUGAGCAUGCCCGAUGGAUCCAGCAGACCACUUGAUGAAAUGGAGAAAAUGUAUUUAAGACGAGAAACACCACGCCACAGGCGCAAAAUUCUCCCUUGAUCCACUCCAAACAACAUUCUAUUGAAGGAUUUUGUGAUAGUUUCUGCAUUUUAUCAUUUGGAUUCUGGAUUCCAAGGCAGUAUGUUUUUCUUUGAAAAGCUCUGUUCUUUCAGUUUCAGGCUUGGUUUUGAGCCUCCAGCUCGAAGAUCAGUUUUUCCAGUGUUAGCUUUUAGACUAAAUGACCAAUAAUAUACUACAGCUGAUUAAAGAGUACAUCGUUUC